AUGUGGCGACGAACAUAUUUACUCUUAUUCCUGAUCCGUGUUUACUUCGCCCUCUGUCCCAGCUACAUCCAUCCCGAUGAGAAUUUCCAAGGUCCCGAGGUCUUUGCCGGUCGCAUAUUCUCCUACCCUUCGAGGAUACCUUGGGAAUUUACCGCCGAGCACCCCAUCCGAAGCGUCUUCCCACUAUGGCCGAUUUACGAGGUCCCGAUGAGUUUGUUGAAAUGGUUCUACACAGAAGGCGGAUCAGGGCAUCCACCACCACAACUGGUGUACUAUGCGCUGCGUACGGGGAUGUUCCUUCUCAGCUUUGUACUUGAGGACUGGGCAGUCUACGAACUAGUCCCAUCUCCGGCCCAUCGGCGCGCAACCGUUGUCCUGGUGGCCUCAUCCUAUGUCACCUGGACAUAUCAGACGCACACCUUCUCCAACUCACUCGAGACUUUGUUGGUGGCCUGGGGUCUGGUUCUGAUUCGUCGCAUUGUCAAGAACAAGCAAUAUUCGUCGUUCUUCUCCUAUGCGGUCUUAUCCCUCAUCGCGGUUAUCGGUGUUUUCAACCGUAUCACCUUCCCUGCGUUCCUCCUUUUCCCAGGUCUACAGCUGCUCCCCUGUUUUCGGUGCAAACCAGCGGCUUUGGGUAUCUUUGUUGGCUUUGGGUUGUUAUUCGCCUCGGUCGCAAUCUACAUCGACACUUCGUUCUAUAGACCCGCCGCAUCUUUCUCGGACAUCCUACGCAACCCAAUCAUAACACCGCUUAACAAUAUUCGGUACAACAGCGACUCCUCAAAUUUGGCAAUUCAUGGCCUUCACCCUCACCACCAACACUUCGUCGCCAACCUUUUCCAGCUUCUAGGCCCGGCAUAUGUCGCCAUGAUAGUGUCAUUGUUCAACCGGAAGAUUGUGCCAUCGUGGAUGCGCAAUGCGCGCGCGCUCUCUGCCGUCUCAGCCACAAUGCUCCUCUCCAUCUUCCCACACCAAGAACCACGCUUUCUAAUCCCUUGCGUUCCUCUCCUCCUCAGCUGCGUCCGUAUACAUCGCACGCGGAUGUUCCUAGUGUCAUGGAUCGGCUUCAAUGCAGUGAUGGGUUUCCUCAUGGGUGUCUACCACCAAGGCGGCAUAGUGCCAACCCAACUCGCUAUGCGCUCGAUCGUCGAAACCAACACUGCUUCGCAGGGCAUCAAGUCACAGCCCGACGCAAGCGUUUUCUGGUGGAAGACUUACUCCCCGCCACAGUGGCUUCUUGGCCCGGAUCAAGACUUGGACAGCGGUAACAGCUCAGCCCACAUCGAUACAUUCGACCUCAUGGGCAUCCCAGGUCUGGAAAUGAUCCAACGGCUAGACUCCGCCGUACCGCGCUGCCCCUUCUCCUCUCCCGUCUACCUCGUUGCUCCCCUCUCCGCGACUUUCCUCGAUACCUACUCCGCCGAAUCUUCUCUCUCUUCUCCACAUUCCCCGAACAUCCAGCUCUACCGCUUAUGGUCUUACCGGAAGCACCUCAACCUGGAUGACCUCGAUUUUGGUGAAGACGGUGUUCUACGCACGCUGCGCCGUAUCCUUGGCCGGCGUGGCUUAGGCGUCUGGUCCGUUCGCCGGGCAUGCAAGUGA